UGAAAACACGCGCCGUUCUUAAUGCAAACCACAUAACGUCUCAAUUUCGAACUUAUUUAAAUCUUCGCCCCGUGCCGCACAUUAAGAAUAUAUUAUACAUUUGUCGAAGGAGCGGUUCCGUCAAGUUUAAAGCAGGUCAUAUUCUGAGUAUGGACAGUGAAAUCCAACGAGACGGAAGAGUUUUGGAUCUAACCGAUGAUGCCUGGCGGGAAGACAGACUACCCUAUGAGGAUGUCACAAUCCCAGUAAGCGAACUCCCUGAGGCUGAGCAGGACAAUGGGGGAUCCACAGAGUCUGUGAAGGAACAAGAGAUGAAGUGGACAGACCUUUCCCUGCAGAGCCUCCAUGAAAACACACAGAACACCGGGUGUUGAAUGACUACUGGCAUGGGAGUGUAGAACAUCAGCUUUGUUCACAUCUUCGUUGGGAUGCUUUAGCAAGCUCUGAUUGCUUUGUUGGGAUGUUUUAGUCUGCUAAUCUUAGUUGCACAUAUGGUAUGCAGCGUGGCUUCAUGAAUGUUAUCUCACGAUUAACCGUUGCAGGUUUUCGGGUGUUCUAAUUAAGGAGCAGUCACUUGAGAAAAUGUUCAUCAGCUCUAAGUUGUCACAUUGUGCUUUAAUUGACGUCUUCAAAUCUGCGCUAAAUCUCUCCAAGCAGUUUAAGAAGAGGGAGGUUCGCGUUUGAAUGUCACCCUUUUAUGUUAAUAUUUCUAGUGUCUUUAACCUAAUUAAAACCUAAGACACACAUGA